AUGGACCUCGUGCCAGCCCCAGAACCGGCAAGCCUUGUGGAGAGAGUUGCCAAAAUGCACAUCGAAGGAAAAUCUCCAAAUGGCAUGUUCGGAUUCCACGUACCAACAGUGUGCGGCAAGUUUGUACGCACGACGAAAUGGGAGAAGACCUGGGCGGCGUGCUUUACCAAUUUGCUCAACGAUGUGAUCAAAUAUGACAACGAGACCAACGGUCCUUGGCCAGAGUUCGAUGCUGCCUGCAAGCAGGUGAUCGCUGUCGUUAUUCCAAGACUCCUAGGUGCUCUCCAGUCGGAUGGUCGAAGUAUCGAGCCAGUGUUGAUCCACGGCGAUUUGUGGGAACAGAAUGUUGGCAUCGACAUGGAAACUGGCGACACAAUCCUGUUCGACCCCGGAUAUGAGUGGGACGACCGCAAUCGACUUUACAGUAUCCAUAUAUAUUUGAACGAUUCCGCGGGCCAUCCGGGUAGUAUUUCGAGAGCUACAGCUUACAACGACAUGUUGUACUUAUGCGAGAAGUACGCACCGUUGGAGGGCCUAGGCACGUACCGUCCAGAGGAUGACGUUAGCGUUACUGGUGCCUAUAUCGAACACGAGACCACGAAGAUGAGCCAUAUGCAUCAUGCUGUGAAGGCUUGA